UGAUAAGAUUAUGGAGGCACUUAAAAAUGAUGGCAUCCAUAUGGUUAUAUUGUAUGGGAUGGGCGGUGUGGGUAAAACAACUUUAGCAAAAGCAGUGAGUAAAAAGGUCAAAGAAGAGGGCAUCUUUAAGCAUGUUAUGAUGGUUACUGUAUCCCAAACUCCAAACUUCAUAAAUAUUCAAGGUAAGUUGGCUGAACUCCUAAAUUUGACAUUUACGGAGAAAACUGAAGAGGGAAGAGCUCAGAGGCUGUCUUCAAGAUUGUCAGAGUCUAAUAAUAACCUUAUAAUCCUGGAUGAUAUUUGGGAAGAAUUCAAUUUCAAGGAAAAAAUAGGUGUUCCAGUGAGCAAAGGUUGCAAAAUUCUUCUGACAACCCGCUGCAGAAACGUAUGCACUUAUAGGGAGUAUCAAUCGUUAAUUCUUCUAGAUGUUUUAGAGGAAGAUGAAGGAGUGACUUUACUCAAAAGGCAAGCAGGUAUAGAUGAUGACUUUAUCGGCUUGAAUACUUUGGCUACUGAAAUUACUAAAGAAUGUGAUGGUUUGCCUUUAGCACUUGUAACCAUUGGAAGUCACUUGAGAGGAAAGAAAGAUAUCGAAAUAUGGGAAUCUGUGUGUGAAAAACUAAAAAAGUCAAAACUGGAGGAUUUAUGUCUUGUUAAUAGUACAGAGAGAGGUGUCUACGCCAGUCUUAAGUUGAGUUAUGAUUAUUUGAGGAGAGAUGAAAUUCGAUUGUGUUUUUUGAUGUGUUCAUUAUUUCCUGAGGAUUUUGAAAUUCCUUUGGAGGAUUUGGUUAGAAUAGGAGUGGGGUUAGAUUUAUAUGAAGGCGUUUCAUCCAUUGAAGAAGCAAGAGGGGACCUACGUUUAAUUGUUGAAGCCCUGAAGGCUUUGGGUUUGCUAUUAAAUGCACAUAAAAAAGAAUUUGUGAGAAUGCAUGAUAUAGUUCGUGAUGUUUGUCUGUGGAUCACAUCAAAGGGGGAGAAUAUAUUCAUGAGCAAGAUUCGCAUGGAUUUGACGCAGUUGAAAAUGGAAAGAGGCUGGAAACAAUAUACAGCAAUCUCCUUGUUGGAAAACAAACUAAAAGAGCUCCCUGUUAGACUGGUAUGUCCUAAGCUUAAAAUAUUGCUAUUGGGUGGUGAAAAUCAAUGGUCAAAGUUGAAAGUUUCAGAUGAAUGUUUCGAAGAGAUGAAAGCACUAGAAGUUGUAAGUUUAAGAGAUGUAGACCUUUCACUGAAAUCACUUCAAUUCUUGACAAAUCUCAAGACUCUUGAGUUGUUUGGUUGUAAUUUGAGAGACAUUUGUUUCCUUGCCAAGCUGAACAAACUUGAGAUUCUUAGCUUUAGAGGUUCUUGUUUUGACGAAUUACCAAUAGAAUUGAGUGAACUUAAGGAACUAAGAAUGUUGGAUUUACGUGACUGUUAUAAGCUAGAAAGAAUUCCUUCCAAUUUGAUACAAAGCUUUUCUCAACUAGAAGAAUUAUACAUGGAAGACAUCUUUGAAGAAUCGGAGGUUGAAGAGAAGAGUAUAGAAACAGGCAAUGCUAGGCUUUCAGAGGUAAAUUAUCUACCUUGCUUGGCUGUUCUGUAUUUGAAAAUAAAUUCAAAAUGCCUUGCAAAAGACUUUGCUUUCUCCGAACUUUCAAGUUAUGAAAUUUUUGUGAACCAAAGGCUUACUAGUGGUCUCUCUGUUGGAUAUCCAGAAGAAUCAUCAAAAGCUUUAAGAAUUGCUCAUAUUGAUGCAACCUUGAUGACUGCAUUAUUUAAAGCACUAUAUCAUAGUGUAGAAUAUCUUAGUUUGGAAAGAGUAACAGGUCAAAAUAUCCUCCCAAGCAUUGACCAAAAUGGAUUGAAGAAGUUGAAUACUCUUGUGGUUAGAGAUUGUUCAGACUUGAAAUGCAUGAUAGAUGCAUCGCAAGUGGGGGAAGAAAAUCCAAAGUUGCAUCCAAGUUUAGCAAAGUUAGAGUUGCAAUGGUUACCAGAAUUGCAGUGUAUAUGGAAGGGGCCCAUGCCCAUGCCCAUGCCCAUGCAUGUUGUAAACUUCCAAAGUCUUAUGGAUGUUUAUGUGAGAGGGUGCAAAAGCUUGGCUUAUCUUUUCACUUUAUCAAUUGCUCGGAGUUUGGGGCAGUUGAAAUCACUCCGUGUAGAAUAUUGUGAGAGUUUGGAGAUCCUGAUCAAGAUAGAAGAGGAUGAUAAUGGCAGGGGAGAGAAAAUGUUGUCAAAAUUAGAAGAUCUCCAAAUUGAAAGAUGCAAGAGAUUGGAAUACGUUUUUCCGGUGUUUGUUGCAGCAGGUCUUAUACAACUUAAAAAUCUUGAAAUAAAAGAUGCAACAGAGUUGAAGCAAGUAUUUCAUGGAAAAGAAGAAAAUGAAGUUGCAGAGGAAGGCAAGGACAUCAAGUUGCCUAAUUUAAAAAAGCUAAGGCUCUACAAACUUGAAAAGCUUACCAGAUUCUUUCCCAAAAAUAAUCAUUCAACUCUGCCAGCUUUGGAGAAAUUGUGUGUUCUAGGCGUGGGCAAUUAUAAUCAGUCGGCUGAAAAAGUUCUCUCUCGAUCAAGACGUGGAGCAACAAAAAAUUUGGAAGAAUUACAAAUUGAGAAUUGUGGAGUAAAAGUUGUAUUUCAGUUGGAAGAUCUAAUUAUUGAAAGACAACAACAUGAAUUAUCACUUCCAAGAUUAAAUCAUCAAGAAGAACUAGAAGGUUUAUGUAAAGGUCCUGCUCAUGUUCUAAGGUUGGAGAAUUUAACCACUUUAUCAAUAGGUGAAUGCAAAAAGUUGAAACAUAUCUUCGCAGUUACUCUUGCUCAGAAGUUGGGUCAAUUGGAAUCACUUUCAGUAUGGGAUUGUGAGAAUUUGGAACAAGUAUUUUAUUUGGAUCAUGAAAGAGAAGAAUAUGUAGGUGGAGGAGAUCAUAAGAGCAUCGUGCUUCCAAAAUUGAAGUAUUUAUAUCUAGAAGGACUUGCAAAGCUAGUAAGUUUUUUUCCAGAAAAAUAUGAGGAAUGUUGUCCAGCUUUGGUAGAGUUCAUGGUAGAAGACUGUUCCAAAUUAACUACAACUUUCAUUGGUGAAGAGUCUCAGAAUCUACAGGUUGUAGAGAUGAGUAAUUGCAGUAGUCAAUUGUGCGAUGGAAUUCUCUCUGGGUUGAGAUGUGGCUUCUUCAAAAAAAUUAAAGAAUUAAGCAUGGAAGACUGCGGAGUACUAGAACAUGAAUUAUCAUUCUCAAAUUUGAAGAAUUUGACCUCUUUAACAAUAGCUCACUUCAACAAGCUCAAACAUAUCUUCUCACCAACCGUUGCUCGAAAUCAUAUGUUGCAAUUGAAAGUUCUGCGCAUCAAAGAAUGUGUGGAAUUGGAGCAAAUCAUUGAUGUUAAGGAUGGUGAAGAAGUUGGAGCAAAUCUUCUCCAAACUCUAUCAUACAUUGAAGUGGAAAAGUGCCAUAAAUUAAAAAAUCUGUUUCCUAUCCCCAUAGCUCGGGGUUUUCAACAACUGGAAUUCCUAUCUGUGAGGGACAACUCUGAAUUAGAAGAAAUAUUUGGAGAUAAUGAUGUGAUUGAUGAGAAAGAAAUCCAGUUGCCUCGACUUCAGCAUAUAAUCCUAAAAGAUUUACCAAGACUCACCAAUUUUUGCCAUGUGGAUUAUCACUUCAUAUUUCCAACACCACGACUUCUACUUCGUCAGUUGGUAGUCGAAAGAUGUCCAAAGAUAAGUACAAGAUUUUCGUGGGAUGAAGAAAAUAAAAGUGUGCAUGCGGAAGCAAAGGCACCCAAAAUAGAUAGUGUCGAAGAUGACAGUCAUGAAGAGACUUCUAAAGAUCUCUUUUGCAGUCAUAAUUUAGAAAAAUUACCUCGGUACAUAAAAAAUGAAGAGCUUUAUUCCAAUUCUCAUCCAACAGAAUGAAGAAAAGAACAGUGAAUAUUAGAAACAUGCUCAUCAGCUCUAAUCAGUUGGCUCCACCGAAUCCAAUGAAUAUUAGUCUGUUUGAAGGGAAGCAGAAGAAAAUUCAAUUCACUGUCUUCAAUUUGAUGAAUUUUCUAAACUGCACUUGUUAUAUAUAUUUGUUCUGUUUUAAGUCCAAUA